AUGGCUUCCACGGGCUCCAACGGGGCUUCCCAGCAACCUCAGGUUCAGCCCUGCAGGUACAAGGUCGGCAAGACGCUGGGCGCCGGCUCGUACUCCGUCGUCAAGGAAUGCGUCCACAUCGAUACCGGUCGCUACUACGCCGCAAAGGUCAUCAACAAGCGAUUGAUGGCCGGCCGAGAACACAUGGUUCGCAAUGAGAUCGCAGUGCUGAAAAAGGUCUCGAUGGGCCACCAGAACAUCCUGACACUCGUCGACUACUUCGAGACUAUGAACAACCUCUACCUCGUUACCGACUUGGCUCUUGGCGGUGAGCUCUUCGACCGAAUCUGCCGCAAAGGCAGCUACUACGAGUCCGACGCCGCCGACCUGAUCCGCGCGACGCUCUCCGCCGUAGCUUACCUACACGACCACGGCAUCGUCCACCGCGACCUGAAGCCCGAGAACCUCCUCUUCCGCACACCAGAAGACAAUGCAGACCUCCUGAUUGCCGACUUCGGACUGAGCCGCAUCAUGGAUGAGGAGCAGUUCCACGUCCUGACCACGACAUGCGGCACUCCUGGCUAUAUGGCUCCCGAAAUCUUCAAAAAGAUUGGCCACGGCAAGCCCGUCGAUAUCUGGGCCCUCGGCGUCAUCACCUACUUCCUUCUGUGCGGUUACACGCCAUUCGACCGCGAUAGCGAUUUCGAGGAGAUGCAGGCCAUCCUGAACGCCGACUACAGCUUCACGCCCUUCGACUACUGGCGCGGCGUCUCCGACCAUGCCAAAGACUUCAUCCGUCGCUGCCUCACCAUCGACCCGAAUAAGCGCAUGACGGCGCAUGACGCCCUGCAACACCCCUUCGUCGCCGGCUACCUCAACAGCGGCGAGGGCGAAGGCCAGAACCUGCUGCCAACCGUCAAGAAGAACUUCAACGCGCGUAGGACGUUACAUGCCGCAAUUGAUACCGUUCGCGCCAUCAACAAGCUUCGCGAGGGCCAGGCCCAUCUGAUGGAUGGCGCCAAAUCGCGCGAGCCUGCACGAGGCGCUGCGGCUCUGAAGAACCAGCCGGACGUGAGGAAAGACGACAGUGCCAUCAGCAUGGGUAGCCAGCGCGACAAGGACUCGGGCUAUGGCACCCAACCCGAGGCUGACAGCCAGAAUGAUGUUGUAAUGACAGACGCCGGGCCGGUGACGAGCAGUGUGCCAGCCAGCCUGCGGCCAGGCAGCGAGCAGAACAAGGUGGUUGAGACGAGCAAGGGGUUGUGGAGUGGCCCUGCAUUGCGACGAUAG